AUGAUUCCACCCAAAGUGCCGGUCACAAACCUCAACGUGUCUACGGCGGUCAACGCUCUAAACAACGUAAUAUCUGGCAGAGAAGGCGAAUUUUUACCGUCCGGAUUCGGCUAUGUGCAGCUGUCGAGAUUCCUCGGUGCACUGGAAGGCAGAGUUCAAGCCGAUAGAAAAGUUGGACUAAUCCCGUCGAUCAGUGGCCGUGUCAACUCUAGCCUGGCAAUCGACAUCUAUCUCAGAGCCCAAGGAGCGGGUCCCGCAGCUCUGUCAACAAGGAGCAAGAUAUCGGAGUGCAAGAGGAUCGGUGGGCGCUGGGAAGAGCUUGUAGGGCCGUCGGUAUUCCUGUUAGCAAUCUACUCAAACGUGGCCGAGACAUUUGUAAAAGACCACAGCAAGACAGACAACUCUACAUUCAAGGUGUUGGCUUCUGCAGCCCUCGACUGCGUCCCUACAAGACUCCUGAGGGUGUGUGUUCAUCUGUCUACGACUGUUGAGGAUAGGAUUAGAUCUGGUCUGCCAUGUGAUGAUAUGUGGAUGGACGGGGUCGGGAAUCAUAUUAGACAGCAUAUACUCGGUUAG